GUUUUUAUCAGGCUACUUUAAGUAUUUGCUGCAAUGAUCGCUGUGUGCCAUUUGUGCGUGUUUAGGUUUUGGUGUGUGCGUGAAGACGACAUGUUUCUGUAAUGGCGCAGCUGUUAAAAACGGUUGCACAGAUAAGGGUGGCGCCCAUGUUUCAACAGACUUUUCGACCACAAACUAUGUUAUUUGUAAAGUCUCUCGUAGUAAACGCGAUGUUUUUAUUAUUUGAGGACUUUGUACAUAAUUCCUCUUUUUGAUCUCGAGGUUUGGCAUAUGUUUGCGGUCAUUUCCGGAAACAAAGAAAAGCUGCAGAAAUGUCAGAGAAGAGAAAAACAAGGAAGAGUUCCAUCUCUGAUCAGCCAAUCAGCAGUGAGCAAAGUUCACAGAUGAAUGAAGAUGAGUCCACAGCUCCAAGUAUCUCGGCCAGUGAUCGAUCCAAAGACAAGAUGAUAUACUUUAGUAAAGGGCUCAAACGUUCACUGUCGAGCGAGUCAGCCGCUCCAAGUGAUGCUUUGAGUUAUCGAUCCAUGGGCCAGCCGUUAAGCUUUAAUGUGAAAAAAAGCGAGCUAACCGAGGAGCCAGUUAGAAAGAAACCUAAAAAAGAUCUUGAACCACAGAGAGAAGCUGAGGAAGACCCUGGGGGCAGCCAUCUUUUAAAAAUACAGACUAAUCAUAGAAAUGAAAUGCUGAGGAAAUUUGCGAAGACAUCUGAAGGUAACGGCGACCAAGAGAGCUCCCUGGACAGCAUCUACACUGAACUCAUCAUCAGCACCGGAGAGAGUGAAGGGCCACAUGAAGAACAUUCGUUCAGACGACAAAGACAACCGUCUUCUGUAAAUACAGUCCAUCUCAAUGACAUCUUUAGACAUGUUCUUCCCCAAGACACGACCCGCAGAAUAGUCCUGACGAAGGGCGUCGCAAGGAUUGGAAAAUCGUUCUCUGUGCAGAAGUUCAUUCUUGACUGGGCCGAGGGAAAAGCAAACCAGGACUUUGAGUUUGUUUUCAGUCUUGCUUUCCGAGAGCUGAAUUUGAUUAGAGGUAACAAAAGCUUGCUCAAGCUUCUGACUGAUAUUAACCCUGCACUUCAACAUUUGAAAGAGUCAGAGGUUUUAGACAAAGCCAAGGUUUUAGUGAUCCUGGAUGGCCUGGAUGAAAGCAGAAUUAAACUGGACUUUGAGAACAAGCCGGUUAAAUCGGUCACUGAAGAAACAUCUGUUGGUAAUCUCCUAGCAAGCCUCAUUCAGGGAAACCUCCUUCCCAAUGCGAACCUCUGGAUAACAUCCCGUCCAGCAGCAGCCAAUCAGAUCCCUGCAAAGUAUGUCAGUAUGGUGACGGAGAUAAGAGGUUUCAAUGACUCGCAGAAAGAGGAAUACUUCAGGAGGAGAUUUAGAGAUGACGUGAACCUUCCUGAAAAGAUCAUUUCGCACAUCCGCUCUUCGCAGACUCUCGACAUCAUGUGCCAGAUCCCCAUCUUCUGCUGGAUUUCUGGCAUAUUAUUCAAGGAGAUCUUUGCGGGAGACGAGAAAGCACAAACUCCGCAAACCCUGACAGAGAUGAUGGCGCACUACCUGCUUGCCCAAACAAAACGCAGCAGCAGAAAGUAUGACAAGAAGACAGAGAGAAACAAAGAGAGACUUCUGAAGACACAGAAGGAAUUUCUUCUGAAACUCGGCAAACUUGCAUUCGUUCAGCUGCAGAAUAACAACAUCAUCUUCUAUGACGAAGACCUUAAAGACUGUGGCAUUGACCUACAAGAGGCGACCAUCUACUCUGGAUUUUGCUCCACGGUUCUUCGGGAAGAAGAUGUCAUUUCCCAGAAAAAGGUCUUCUUCUUUGUGCACCUGACCAUUCAGGAGUUCUUCGCAGCCUUUUUUGUUUAUGAAUGUUUCAUAAGCAAGAAUACAAAAGAACUGGGCAACUUCCUCGACUGGAAGGACCAACAACAUACCUUAUACGAUCUUAUGAAGAUGACAGUCGACAAAGUAUUGGAGGAGCAGAACGGCCAGCUGGACUUCUUCCUGAGAUUCCUCCUUGGCCUUCUGGUAGAACCAAACCGCAGAGUCCUCGAGGGUCUCCUGACAUCGCCAGACCUGAGCCAAGAUACCGACAAGAAGAUCUUGACGCAUCUUAAAGCCCUCAGAAGAAAGGCCCUUUCUCCGGAGAGUUGCAUCAACCUCUUCCAGAGCAUGGUCGAGAUGAGAGACAAUAAAGUCAAAGAUGAGAUUCAGGAAUAUCUCAAGAAGUCCGAUCGUUCAAAAACAGAGCUGACUCCUCUGUACUGCUCUGCGCUGGCCUACAUGCUGCAGGUAUCAAAAGACCAGCUGGAUUUGUUAGAAUUGAAAAGCUUCAACACAUCAGACGAAGGCAGGAGGAGGCUGAUACCAGCAGUGAGGAUCAGCAGGAAGGCCAUCCUCGCAGACUGCAAAGUGACUGAAGAAUGGGUGAAACAUCUUUCCUUUGGUCUGAAGUUCCCCUACUCGCCUCUAAGAGAUCUGGAUCUGAGCAACAAUGACCUGAAAGUCUCAGGAGUCAAGCUGCUCUGUGACGGACUGUCCAAUGCAGGCUGCAGACUCGAAAGGCUGAGUUUGUCAGGUUGUCAGGUCACAGAGAAAGGCUGCACUGAUCUGGCUUCAGCUCUGAAGUCCAACCCCUCCCAUCUCAUAGAGCUGGACCUGAGCUACAACAAUCUGGGAGACUCUGGGGAGAAGCUGAUGUCUGAGCUGAAGGAAAAUACACAAUACAAGCUCAGCAAACUCCCUCUUGAACAUGGUGGAAGUCACCGGAUGAUAGAUGGACUAAAGAAAUAUGCCUGUGAGCUCACUCUGGACCCCAACACAGUCCACAAGAACCUCCUUCUCUCUGAAGGGAACAGAAAGGUGACCUGGGUUGAAGUCGAGCAGCCGCAUCCCGAUCAUGAGGAAAGGUUUGUUACCUGCCAACAGGUGUUGUGUGAACAAGCUCUCGACGGGCGCUCCUACUGGGAGAUGGAGGUGUUGGAGCCCUUCAUGGUUGGAUUAACGUACAAAUCCAUUGGCAGGGAAGGGCAUGAUGGCAAACUGGAAAGCAACGACAAGUCCUGGUGUCUGUUUUGCUCCAAUGAUGGUUGUUUUGUUACGGGCGAUGGAGAGAAAGUCAGUGUGACUUCACAUCAUUCACGCUCCAGUCGGGUGGGGGUGUAUCUGGAUUGGCCGGCCGGCAAUCUGUCUUUCUACAGGGUUUCCUCCGACAUUCGGACCCGCCUCCAUACCUUUAAAACAACGUUCAACGCGCCGCUCUAUCCCGCAGUUGGUCUUCACACUGUCCCCAAGAACUCACAGUCUUUUGCCUUGUUUUGCUAAUGACAUGUGGGAGGUGGAAUAGAGAGAGUAGGUUCGAGUCCCACUGCAGUCUGCAUGUCGUGGUGUCCCUGGGAAAGACACUUCACCCCAAAUGGCUCCUGUAGGGUUUGCCCACAGUAUAGAUGUAUAUUGAUGUAUGUAAGUUGCUUUCGGUAAAAGUGUCCAAUAAGUGACAUGUGAUGUUGAUCCAGUCAAGAGGUACACAGUGAUACAGCUGAUCGAUUACAGCCUUGUAAAGAAGUCAUUUUGUCGCAUGAUGAAGUUUAGUUUCUUUGCCUUUUCUAUUGACGAAGGGUCGUCAACGCAAGCACUGUGACGGAAAUAUCCUGUCACUUCAGUACAAAGACUUAAAUAUGCAAAUAAGUAAAUAAGUAAUAAUAAAAAAAGACUUGCCACUGACAUAGAAUGGCUGCUUAUUAAUCCAAUUGCAUUAACAAUGGUUUGUAUCUUGGUUGUUGACUGCACUUAUUGUAGGUCGCUUUGGACAAAGGCAUAAUUUCAAUGAUAUGUAAAUGUACAGUAUAACCUAGCUUCUGUAAUAUAAGCGUAAUUCCCACAAGAAAUGCUUGUUAUUUUUACGAAAAAAAUAACAAAUACAAAUAAAGACAAAACAACCAAAAACAUGCUACGACUUUAGAAACAUUCCCAACUCUCAAGAGACGAGAGUAUAGCGCUUUUUUAAAAUCGACUAGAUUUGAAGCCAGGCCUUUUCGUUUUUAUAUGUUUUUGGGUUGUAAAUAGGUUGUAUUUUUUCAGUUACGUUUAAAGCAUUAACUUUUAUUAUUUUCACUAUGAUUUUUAAAUGAUUUAAUAUCUUUACCUGUAUUCGGGGGGAGGGGUGAACAAGGUUCAACAUUUCAUGUCGUGUGUAGUUUUGCAGGACUUCUAGCUAUGUCCAAAUACAGAGAAAACUAAGCUUGUGUGUGCCGUGACUUUAGAAAAAAAUGCAAUAAUGCAUUAAAGACUUUAGCUGCUC